UCUUCGAGCUUCCCGUCCGCUUCUACAUGUACAUGUACCUUACCUGUACACAUGUGAUGACAAGCAGGUAACAAUCGGGAUAUCCUUGUUGCAAUAUCUACUGAAACAAUGUUCAAGAAGAAGCCACACAUCAAAGCUCUCUCCCCGUUGAGAUCAUCCGAUCGCAGAAAGCUCGCCGACCAGAUCAUCAAGGACUUUGCGCUGGGAGGAAAAGAGGCGCCCACGAACGACGACACGCCUGAACAGAAAGCAGAAGCUACGGCUGCACAUACCGCCUUAAGAAACUCUCUCCUGCCUGAAAAUGUACAGUCGGCACGAUUCACGACGACGCAUGGCCCGGAACUGAAGCAGGUCUCGGGCACAAUUUACGUUGGCCACCACGAUGGCGAGGACGCGAGAAUUUUGUGGUUCCAAACCGAUGGGCGCAUGGUACCGUCUGUAUACACACUCUGGCACAAUGCGGAUAUUGUGCCGUUGCUACAUACUCCCGAGAUCGUGGUCAAGAAGAUGGUAGGAGGCGCAGAUCUCAUGAUACCGGGGUUAUUUGGAGGUCCACCUUUCCCACCACGAGCCAAAAAGGGCGCAGUCGUCGCAGUCGCAGCUUUGGAAAAGCCCACAGUGCCCGUGGCCGUAGGAUUCUGCGAGAUUGACGUAAGCGCGUUGCAAAAGGUAAGAGGCGAGAAGGGCCAUGCCGUAGAAAAUAUGCACUGGCUCGGAGACGAACUUUGGAGUUAUGGCACCGGGAGCCGACCCGGGAGACAGGCGCCUGACGCUAUAGAAGGCUGGGCAAAGGUGUUGCAGGAGCGCGGACUUCUCGAGCAGGUAGCCAACUUGGACCUAGAAGAGGAAAACGAGGUCGGCGGAGUGGCUCUCGAAGAUGGUGCGCUUGGCCAAGAUAAAACUGUCGCUGAGUCGAGCAGAAUGUCCACGAAUGGCAGCGAGCUGGUCAAGACGUCUGAAGCAAAGGAGCUGUCACAACAGGAUAUUGACAACGCCUUUCGGAACGCCUUCUUGUUUGGAGUCAACCAUUACAAGACAUCGAAUCCAAGCGCGAAGAAUCACGGAUUGGACUACCCACUGACACAGACAGUCAUUAUGUCGACGCUCGUUCAACCCUUCUUGCCAGCUUUCUCUUCCGAAGAGGCUCAGCAACUUCAGAUCAAGAAGACUUCCUGGAAGAACAUCAAGAAGUUUGUCAAAAGCUUGGACAAAGCUAAGAUUGUGGAAUCGAAGGAUAGUGGCAACGAAACAACGAUCGUUGAUAUCGACUUUGAAGAUCCUGCAAUCACAACGUUCAAGCCAUAUCGAUUGCCGAAGAAGGAAUCCUCUGGCGGUCCAUCCAAUGGACCUGGCAACGAAAAGACAGAUGGAGCUGAUGACUCCAUCGGGCAGAAAAUACAGGUAGUGUCCUCCUACAGACCGUCUACCAAAUUGCAGCCUAUAUUCGACGCUGCUACGGGGACAAAAUCACUAUACACCCCUGCCGAGGUGCGUGAUCUUGUGUCCUCAUACCUCGAGAAAGAACGCCUGAUCUCGGAAACGAACAAGCGUCUUGUGAAACUGAACCCGAUCCUUGCCAAUGCUGUCUUCGAUGGCUCAGGGUCCCUCGACAAGGAGGUUCUUGCCAAAGGUACAGUACCUCGAGAUGCCCUGCUCGAUCGUAUACUGCACGCAAUGUCUCCCCAGUAUGCCAUCGUACGACAAGGCACAGACCCUAAUAGCGUGAAGCCGAAGAGCGGCGCGCCUCCAAAGGUGCACAUCACUCUGGAGACAAGAAGUGGCAACAAGACCGUGACGAAAGUCAGCGGCCUUGAGGUAUAUCAUAUCGAUCCAAGGCCGCUGGCAGACGAGCUGAGGAAAGUAUGUGCUGGAAGUACCAGUGUGGAACCGUUGGCCGGCGCUUCCAAAAAGAAUGAGAAGGAGGUGCUUGAGGUUAUGGUCCAAGGGCCGCAGAAGGAUGCUGUGGUGAGAGCACUCGAGAAGAGAGGGAUCGAUAAGCGUUGGGUUGAGGUGCUUGAUAAGACGAAAGGGAAAAAGAGGUAGCGAGUGACCACUAAGGCGGGCCAAAUACCAUUCCGAGUCUGCAACUACGAGUUCAAGACAGCAUGCAGCAUUGGGUCCAGUCGAAGCUUCUACCCAGGGACCGGCGGCGGUGAUGAAGUGAGCCUUCCGCCACGCUUCCGCCUGUAUGUUCCCUGUGUAUUAUUCGUAAGUCAUUGGCGCAAGCAACUCCUUCCUCGACUAAAGUAGGGAACGUCGCACUGUCUGAGCGACGCUCAUGUAAAAGGCGUACUGCAGGACUCCCCCAAAAGCACCUGCCUGAUCUGGGCCUUGACAGCUCGUAAAACGUGGCGGCGGUCACUAAUCUCAGCUGCCAAUACCUAGUCCACGUCAAACCACACUUGACGAGCUCAUAUGUCGCAGCCACCUAUCCUGAAUGCAUCAAGCUGUCCAAUGGCUGGUUGGUUCACUAUGGGCAGUCUUGAUCUCAUGCUUGGGAUUUUGUGAUUGCGCGCUAAUGUAGAGGGCGACUGUGUGGUUAAUGCAUCUGGCUGAUGGAUAUGCACAACCUCAGUCAUAAUGUACUCCAGGAGCCUUAGUUAUUACCUGAAUUACCUAGG